AUGGAAGUCAAGUCAACUCCUAAGAGUCUCCCAUUUGGGGCCAUUAGCUUGUUGAUUAGGGGCUUAAUUUACUUGCCAUUGGCAUUGUAUGAUCAGAACGGGAAAUCAAGCAUCAUGGCUUGUUCCCUUUGGCUAGAACUAUUCAUCCUUUCAGCCAUUGUUGUACUCAUUAUCUCUCCCAAGAUCACAGCCCAACAACCCACAUACCGCUACCACAUGUGCACAAACACCUCAACUUUCACUCCCAAUUCUGCCUUCUCGAAAAACCUCAAUGCCACUCUCUCUUCUCUCCUCUCAAAUGCCACCAUCUCCAAUGGAUUUUACAACACCAGCAGUGGUGCCCUGCAGGGCCCUGAUGCAGCCAAUGGCCUCUUUCUUUGCAGAGGAGACAUCUCUCCAAGUUUAUGCCAAACUUGUGUCCAGGCCUCUUGUGAAGAUAUCAUAACCCGUUGUCCAAACCAGAAGGAGGCCAUUAUAUGGUAUUAUGACUGCAUGUUGAGAUACUCAAACAGAUCCAUUUUUGCAGAUAUGGAAGAGCGGCCUACUGUUAGUCUGGGGAACAUAUAUAAUACUUCAAAUCCAAGUCAGUUUACUAGGACUUGGGCUUAUUUAAUAGGCAGAUUGGUGAAUAAGGCUGUGGGUUCUAGCAAAUUUUUUGCAACUGAAUAUGUGAAUUUCUCAAAUUUUACUAGGGUAUUUGGACUGGUGCAAUGCACUCCUGACAUCGUUUCAGUAGACUGCGGGACGUGUUUGGAUAAUUGUUUUUCUGAGAUUCCUAGUUUUUGUAAUGAGAACUUAGGAUGUAGCGUUUAUAUGCCCAGCUGCAAUAUCAGGUUUGAAAGUUACCUCUUUUACAAUGAUUCCUCUCAACUGCUGCCGUCUCCUCCAACAAAUGCCACUCCUCGACCAUCACCCUCACCUCCACUGCCACCAGCAAUGUUGACAAAUUCCGGAGGUGGAAAUGAAUUUUUGGCUGUGGAAUCUUUACAGUUAGACUUGCAUUCCAUUAUAGCUGCCACGUGCAAUUUCUCUGAAGGAAACAAGAUUGGGGAGGGUGGAUUUGGCAGUGUGUAUAAGGGUACACUUCAUGAUGGACAGAUGGUAGCCAUUAAGAGGCUAUCAGAAAGCUCACGUCAAGGUUUAAAAGAAUUUAGGAAUGAGGUUGCCGUGGUUGCCAAGCUUCAGCACAGAAAUUUAGUGAGGUUACUGGAAUUUUGCGCCGAAGAAGAGGAGAAAAUACUUGUCUAUGAAUUUGUGCCCAACAAAAGCCUUGAUUACUUCCUUUUUGAUCAGGAAAAACAAGGGCAGUUGGAUUGGUUAAUGCGUUGCAAGAUUAUAAGAGGGAUUGCUCGAGGACUCCUGUAUCUUCAUGAGGAUUCUAGGCUUAGGAUUAUACAUCGGGACCUCAAAGCUAGCAAUGUUUUGUUGUAUGAGGAUAUGAACCCGAAGAUAGCAGAUUUUGGCAUGGCUAGGAUUUGUGGGGUGAAUCAAAGUCGAGGAAACACAACCAGAAUUGUUGGCACAUAUGGUUAUAUGUCUCCUGAGUAUGCAUUGCUUGGAGAAUUUUCAAUCAAGUCAGACGUGUAUAGCUACGGAGUUUUAAUACUAGAGAUCAUAAGUGGCAAAAAGAAUAGUUCUUUCUAUCAAUCGGAUUGUGCAGAGGGCAUCUUGAGCUAUGCCUGGAGACUUUGGACGGAUGGGAGACCACUGGAGCUAACAGAUCAAGCUCUAGGCAAAUCUUUUCAUCAAAAUGAAGUCACCCGAUACAUCCAUGUUGGAUUAUUAUGCGUUCAGGAAGAUCCAGCAGACAGGCCUAUGAUAGGAACUGUGUUGCACAUGCUUACCAGUUUCUCUGUAACGCUGCCAAUACCGAAACGCCCAGCGUUCUGUGUUCGGAGCAGGACUGUGCGUUCAAGCAAAGCCAUGCCUUCUUCUGUAAAUGAAGCUUCCAUAACUGAACUCUACCCUCGUUAGAACAAGUUCAUUCAACACAAAUAAGGCUUGUUUAUGGUUUAAUAUAUGUAUACAAAACAUGUUAAGGAGCCUCUAGCUCAGUAAUUGAAGCCUCAUUGAAGGAAAAUUGAACAUGAAUUUGAUUGCCAUCCAGCAUAGGUGAUUCUGAAUCAUCCAUCUCCAAGUCCGGUUGCACGACAAAUGCCCGUUUCGAGGGAACAGGGAGAGAUAAAGAGCAGCUAGUGAGCAUUAGAACAACUGAAGCCAUUGUAGGUCUAUUUGACACAUUUUCUUGAACACAAAAAGAAGCCAAUUUGAAUACAUCUCAUCUCUUCACUGAUUGAACCAACUCUCAGAGUAGGGUCUAUCCUGUUCAAAGCUGUCAAAAAGGAAAAUCUUGGCAAUUGUAAUUUCUUUAUGCGGCCCUUACACAGUUGUAAUUUCUGAUUGAUUAAUUAUUAAAUAAUAUUUUUUAAGGAAGACUCCA